UUAAAAAUAAGCAUGUUUAAGACUGGUAACUCUUCCCGAUUUCACUGGUACAAAGAUCGGGAAAGAUGUUGACAAAUAGUGUAUCACUUCAUUUAUUAAAUAAUGUACUGAUUUAACAAAGAAAUAUUUUUAUUUUUAAUAUAUUACAUUCUUAUUCAAACUUCCUUUAAACAUCAAAGAUUCGUACGGAAUUUAUAAACCUUACAGAAAGGUUAAUAUAAUUGAUACUGCUCUUUGUAUUUUACGAAACUGCAAGUGAUCAGAGACUAAAACAAUUAUCAAGGAAGUAAAUGUAAUAAAACCGCAAAUAAGUUAUGGAAAUUAGUUAGUCUAAAAGGAACAUUAACAUACAUAUGUGAAAUCUCUGUUGUUUAAGCAGCAUGGAAGGCACACAUUUAGAGGAAAAAUUAAACAUAAACACUGUCUCCCGCCUGAAAGUUCGUGCACAGGAUGAUCGAGUAGAACAGGCUGACACUGAAUUGUAUGAACAAACAGGCGUUGUUUUAACAGUUAUUGAAAAGACAAAUUCACGACGUAGAGAAAAAUGUGAGACACUUCAAACAGCACCAAAAGAAGAACAUAAGACCGACGCUUCUAAAGUAGCCAUCUACAUGACGUGGCAGAAAGUAAUGUUUAUAUUUGUAUUGGCGAGUGUGUUAAUGAGCAGUGUUUCUUUAAUUGAUCUUAUCAUUCAUUUGAGAGCCGAGGCAGUGGACGGGUCCUGGAGUGACUGGGGAUCAUGGGAGGCCUGCUCAACUACAUGUGGUGUAGGAUUGCAGACACGUCAUCGGAACUGUUCAAGUCCUGCUCCAUUAGGAGAUGGCCGUCAGUGCCUUGGCGAAGUCAACGAACACAGAUUGUGCAUGCCUGGACCUUGUUCAAACGGAGGUUGGUCAGCUUGGGGAAGAUGGGGAAGUUGCAGUGCUUCUUGCGACGUUGGACUUAAAUCAAGAUUAAGAACUUGUACUCGUCCUAGACCUUCACCGUUUGGUAGUUUUUGCGAAGGGGAUAACAUGCAAACAGAGAUUUGUGGCGGAGAGCCAUGCAGUGACAGAGGUUGGUCAGCUUGGGGAAGUUGGGGAAGUUGCAGUGCUUCUUGCGAUGUUGGACUUAAAUCAAGAUUAAGAACUUGUACUCGUCCUAGACCUUCACCGUUUGGUAGUUUUUGCGAAGGGGAUAACACGCAAGCAGAGAUUUGUGGAAGAGAGCCAUGCAGUGACGGAGGUUGGUCAGCUUGGGGAAGUUGGGGAAGUUGCAGUGCUUCUUGCGACGUUGGACUUAAAUCAAGAUUAAGAACUUGUACUCGUCCUAGACCCUCACCGUCGGGUAGUUUUUGCGAAGGGGAUAACACGCAAACAGAGAAACUCGCGUUGCAUUUAACGUAUAUGAGUCCUCUGUCACGGGAUAUAACGAAAGCCACACUGUAAUAUUUACUAGGAUAUUACUUAAUGAAGGGCAAGCUUACAAUUAAAGUAAUGGAAUCUUUACCGCUCCAUUCAAUGGACUUUACCAGUUCAACGGGCAAGUUUGUACAGCAGUAGGAAAGGAUGUAGAUUACGCCAUUAAAAUCGAAGGAGAGUCUAUUGCAAGCGGAGAAUAUAGAACACCAUCAAAUAAAACUGAUGGAAAAUGUACAUCGUUCAGCACAGUUGCGUCCGUUCAAGAAGGUGAGAAAGUUUGGAUUGAAAGUAGUUAUUUGUUCCAAAACGACAAAGAUUGGAACUCCUUUUCUGGGAUCCUCAUUCACAAAACGUAGAGGAAUUUAUGAUUAACGGAAAACCAGAACGGAACCAAUUACACGAAAAGAUAAAAUUACUUAAUUUUCACACAUAUUUCGAUUUACCGUUUUCAUAAAAUAAAUUUAUAAAUCAGUAGAUAAGGUGUUAAUUCAUGAACACAUUCAGUGUGGAUAAACCAUAAGUAAGCUUAGAACGUACAAGCUUUUUAAGAAUUCGUAAGGAAAAUUAUUGUGAAAUUAAUGCGCCAUUUGCCUACAGAUCAUAUUUAGCUAAAUUCAGGCGGAGCGGUACCCCACUGAGGAUAUAAACAGGGCAUUGCACUUACACACCAGAACAUAAGCGGGAAAUUGAAAAGCAAGUAUUGCUUGACUGGCCUGUGCACAUGUUGGAAAGACAGCAGCUACUUGCAAACUAAGUGAAUGAAUUAUAUCCAGGAGAUUUUAGUAGCUUAAGUGAAUCUUAAAACCUUAAAUACUUAAAUAAGAACUGACAAGGAUAUUAGAAAUAACAAAGGUUAGAAAUAAUUUGUUGUAUUUAAGAAAUAUGUAAAAUGAGUCAUAUCUGAGACCUAACUUACUGUAUCUUAACAAGUUUCAAAACCUUUUUGAGAUCCAUUAACAAAGCUCCAAGUGAUAAUAUUUUAUAAAGGCAAUUAUUAUUACUCCUCUAAGAAAAUUUGUCUACAGGAUAUUUGGAAAAAUGUAUUAAUCUGUUCAAUUCUAAUCUGAUCAAAAGAUGAUACGUAUUUUACAAUAUUUUUACUAGAGUACUUUUUGUGCACCUGUCAAUCAUCUCAGUUUCUUAGAUAAAUCAGUUUUAGCAAUUUUUAAAACAGUACCAUAUGUUGUAGUUGUCAUGAGUAACAGUGUUUCCCAAACUUUUCAAUUCGUAUCUGAAUAAGUACAGCUGUGCAAAUUGUAUUUAGAUUGCUGUAGACUGGGAGCAAUAUCUUUUCCAUGAUUUAUUUUAAUUAGGUCGAUAAUUGUAAUUUAUUAUACACAUUUAAUGAAUUGAAUGUUUAUAACUAUAAAUCAGUAUAUGGAUGUACAAUCUAAUUUGUUGUAUACUUUAUCAUAAAAUACAGCAGUGUUGCAGUCAACCAAUCAUUUAAUUUGCACGUGGUGUUACCUUAGAAAGUACCUUAGUCAUAUGGCUGUGUAGCUAUGUUAUGCUAAUACAAUGUAUAGCCUCUUUAACUCUAUAUUAGUGUGGCAGUAUGCAUAGACAUGUUAAAUAUUUAUUUUAAAUGUACAUACCUGUGAUGUACACUGAUUUUCUUGCUUGUCUGUUUGUUUAUCUAUGUUGGGGGGGGGGGGGGGGGGGUGCGUGCGUAUGCGUGUGCGUUUUUGUGUGUGUGUCUGUGAGUUUUUGCGUUAUUGUGAUUUACGGUGUAGGGAGUCUGCAUUUUAGGAACGUGGCUUUCCCUUUUCAAUAUUUAUAAUUGUUUUUCCCCUUCCGCAAACAACCCCACCCUUUUGUAUACCCAUUACCCUUUUUUUGUAUUUUGCAUACAAUUGAAAUGCAAUUGUUGGAUUUUGAAGCAACCCGUCUACUAUAUUUUUCCUUUACAGUUUCUUUUUUGUUGCGGGCCUACUUUGCGAUACAUGGCUCUAUAACUGUUUAGGUGCUCUGUUCCUGUUAUAUAUGUCUGCAUCUACUUAUUUACAUUUAAUUUGUAUCAAAAUAAUUUUUGAUGAUUGCUAUAAUUAACGGGCAUCGCAUAAAGAUUAAAAAGCUUUAUAUACAUGUAAAAUACAUAUUGGGAACGCACACUCUUAGUUUAGUUUUAGCACACCUUUAUGCCUGAAGAAAAUAUAUAUUAUCUGUAAAUAUUUUGGGAUACCGAUCCGCAUAUUGUUCAUUUAAUGUAUCUCUUUGUAAAUAUAUAUCAUCAAUAACAGAGUCAACUGAUUAAAUUUACACUCUAGCAUUUAUCGCAAGUGUAAAAAUGCUAAAUGGUGUCAAAGAAAAAAAAACAUGGUUUUGGUUAUUGCUUGUUUCAGCAAUUCUUUUGAUUAAAAAAUUAUGACUAUUUCAUACAAAACAAAUUGACGUAAAUGCAAAUGGUAAGUCAGGGUUCAUUAUCAAACUGAGAAAAUAUAUUUAGCUGUUCUCGCUCCGUCUUUUGAUAAUCACCAGUCGCAUAUUCAUACUUAUUUUCACAUUUCCAUUUUCCAAGCUUAAAUCUGACUCGCGAAAUUUCAAAUAUAAAGCCGUUGAAAAUAAAGCAAAAUUAAAGUAUUUUAUAAACAAAGAUAUUCAUAUUUUUUUAAAUCUUACAAUUGGACUAAUUAAACACCUAAAUUUUCAAAAUAGCGACCAGUUGUUGUAAACAUUUUUAUUUGUACGAUCAACUGUGAACUUGAAUUUUUUAUUAUAUGAGCUUACUUUCAUUAAAAACUCGCCUUUUGGAGAUCCCUGGCAAGCUAUUGAAUGACAUAAAAAAGAAGAGAGCAUCUGUCUAUUUUCAGAAGCUGGUGUGGGUAAUAUAACAACCUUAAUCAUAUGUCUUACUAAGUUUUUUGGCUUUUCCUGUUGGCCAUGCGCUGUUUACCAGUUUCAAGACGCUCCAAAAUUUAAUGGUGAUUAUACAUGAUCGGCAUAGAAAAUUGAGAAAUAUAAGUAACUCGUUACACAUUGACAGUGACAUAUAUUAGGCCAAGACAAUGUGUUUAAUCUCUCCACAAGUUAUUGAAUCAAUGUAGCAGUAUGCCAAUCACUUGAUAUAUUUAGUAAAGUUUAGAUCUCAUUUUGUUUGUACGGUGCAAGACAGUUAUUCAUAUAUGAUUUAAAACUAUAUUGAAAAGAGAUUGACUAAAUAACUUUGCAUAUGAAGUUGUAAAAACACAUUAAUUAAGGAAGGGCAUAAACCUUCCGUCUAUCAUCUUGUAGUAAAGUUUAUUUUACCGGUAUUAUCAGAUUGAUUUACAUGAAGUUUAUGUGCGGAAAAGUGGGUCACUAGGUAGUGGUGAGUCUUUAAAUGGAGAGGAAUUUUUUUUCACCAUCGUCAUCAUAAUGUAUGUUUAAAAAGAAAAAGAAGUAGGGAAGUCGAUCAUAUCAAUACAGUAAUCUACGACAAGUCAUUUUGGACAAUCCAUUGAGUCAUCUGCAUGGCUGUAGUCAUCCUAGAAGAAAGUAGAAUGUAGAUAUUGAGCGCAACACGGUUAGGAGAUUACAGUAUAAUCUUUUACAUGUACUUUAUUAUAGAUAGUAUUAAAUUUAAUACACUAAGUCGUAAACGCUUGUAUUUGAUUUUACCUUAAAUUUUUGUAUAAUGUUUAUAUUUUCUAAUUAGAAAUCAAUAUUUACUGUCAAUUUAUUUAUAAGUGAGAUUUUGUUCUCAUCAACUAAUAUUGCUGCUCCACUUUCAGACUGAGCUGUAACAUUGCAAUGAAAAUUGCAAUGAUAAUUCUCACAACAGUGCUGGCAAAUUGGAGUGGACCUUGACAUGGAAUUACUGGAAUGGGUCCCAGUUCUGUCUGAUCGUUUUAAAGAGAGACACUGUAAAAAUGUUAGUAUGUCAAAAGAUAUAAGAAGAACAGAAUUUGAUUUAUACUACAGAAUAGUUAUUUUAAACUUUUAAUGGAAUCAUAAAACGCGUGGUCUCGUAUUUAAGCACUUAAUGAGUAAAUGGUAUUAUUUAGAUUGCAGGUAGCUAUUCAAAUUCCUCAUGGUAAACAUAAUCUGAUAAGUGUUUAACAUAAUACAAGAGGUGCUACGUAAAGAAAGCAUAUCUUAUUCCGUGACAAAACGUUCCUGCAAGAAUAGCUGACAAUUUAGUAUUGUAGUGUUUAUUUAGUUUGUUUCUUCUUUUGAACAUCGACUGUUUCCCUAGGAAAACAAACUCAUUUUAUCUGAAAAAAAGCUUUCUUUCCUAGAUUUUAGUGACACUUGCCUCUUAGAACUAAAAAUGUAAGUAUGUAUAUUGUCCGUGAGAAUUUAUAAAUUGUGUAUAUAAUUAGAAGUGUUGUUAGUACUUUCUUCAGACAGUUCUUCUAAAUAGUUUCAUGUCAGUGAUAUUUGUACCGCAUAAAAUACGUGGACACACUACAUUGUACAACUGUGUCAUGAUUUGGCUGCGUGUAUGGAGUUUACUCAUAUAUGUAAAACUUUGUAAAAUCAUUAAUUAAUUACUCAAGCACUUUGUCUAUAGUUAACAAAUUUAUUUAUUUCUGUCCAAUAACCGACAUAGAUAAAUUCUUCUUUCUCAAAUAAAAGAAAUCUCCAGAAUUUCUUUAACAAUUCUUUUCAAAGUUAAUUGUCGAUAUUUUUAACAUUAAAUUUCGCACUAAAAAUGAUUGUCAAAUUAAAAUGUUCUUCUAUAUAGUCACUUCCCAAAGAAUUAGUUGAGUGUCAAAGCUUAAACUUGUUCCGUUCCUAUCUAUAUGCUAACUAGGAACUUAAGGAAAGACUUCCGUCCAUUUCUUAUUAUCAUCUCUCAAGAUCCUAAAGACAAGAUUGACAGGUACUUAGAUAGCCUGUAAUGUUCAAUGAUAACCCUUUAACAUGUCAGAUGACUCUUUACAGAUCUCUCUUUGUUGGAAACUUAAAGAGUUCAUUGACGUGGCCGUUAAAUUUUAUACACUUUAAAAUUCAGUUAUGAAACAAUAAGGCAAUUAACUUAGUUACAGAAUGUCAUAUGAUGGCCCUUAAAACACAGUUAUUUCCUCAAGAUAAGUGGUUGAAGAUUUUUGAACUGAUCAAUUA